UUUUCCGCUAGUCAACCCGCUGCGAAGUUAGGCCAAUGCAAUAACGGAUUACGACACAAAUCGACAACAACAUUCAACUUCCACGCGCCACUUUCAGUACCUUCGCUUCGUCGUCGUUUUGAAAGUCAAACUCCGACACUCAAAAAAAUAAGUAAAAAAACAAAAAAAAAGUCUCCGACUCUCCAAUGAAAGGCCGAAAAAUGAAAAAUCCCCUGCACAACAGGGACAAGAAUAUCUAGGAAAGAAGAUUGUCGUUUCCCGGGAAAAUCCAACCCACAACAUCCUUUUCCACGAGAGUAAAAAGAGGGCGCUGUUUGGUCGGCGAGAAAAUUUUGAAAAAAAGGUGGGAGAGUGAGCGAGCGGGCGGGCGGGCGGGCCGGCGAGCGGAGGACACUCAGUUCCUUCGGGAUCUCUGGAAGGUUCUGGAAAAGAGUGGGACCUCAUUGAUCGCGAGGCCUGUCUGCUUUUCCCCAGGCACCGAUUUGGCGGAAUUUAUGAGCACCAAAUCCUCCUAACAUAACUGUGCUUCUAUGGAUCCUGCUAAAAAAUUUUCUUUGCUGCUGUUGUUUCUGGGAUUUGUUUCCGUAUGGGUGAAUGCCUCUACUUUUAGUGAUGAUUAUGGGCAUUGUGAGAGAAUUGUCCAGAAAUGGGCAUUUUCUUCACUUGAAGAAGAAGCCAAAGAAGACAAACACACAUUAAGGGAUUUGCUGUUUUUUCUCCAUGUCCCCAGAACAGGCGGGCGAACAUAUUUUCACUGUUUCUUGAGAAAGUUGUACCCUAACUCUCUGGAAUGCCCUCGAUCUUAUGAUAAGCUGCGAUUCGAUCCAAGAAAACAAAAAUGCAGGCUGUUGGUUACUCAUGAUGACUAUAGUAUGAUGUCUAAACUUCCGAAGCAGAGAACUUCAGUAGUGACAAUACUUAGGGAUCCGGUGGAUCGUGUCUUCAGUACUUAUGAAUUUUCAGUAGAAGUAGCAGCUAGGUUUUUGGUGCAUCCUAACUUAACUUCUGCAACACAAAUGGCUGCACGAUUGCGUGCUAAAACUACUGGUGUAAGCACACUGGAUAUCUGGCCGUGGAAAUAUUUGGUUCCAUGGAUGAGGGAAGACCUUUUCGCUCGUAGAGAUGCUAGAAAGCACAGGGGCUUGAAUGAAAUUAUGAGCAAUGACCCAUAUGACAUGUUGGAGAUGGUUAUGCCACUACAAGAAUAUAUUGAGGAUCCUAUUGCUCAUGAGAUCAUUCACAAUGGGGCAACUUUUCAGGUUGCAGGAUUGACAAACAACUCCUAUACUCCCGAGUCACAUGAAGUUCGCCAAUGUGUGCAAAAGCACACAGUUCUCGGUGAUCUAGUGCUUCAAGUGGCAAAGAAGCGGUUAGAUGAUAUGUUGUAUGUUGGUCUCACUGAAGAACACAGAGAAUCUGCGACCAUGUUUGCAAAUGUAGUGGGUUCACAAGUGAUUUCUCAGCUCAGGACGUCAAGCUCAAGCACAGAGAGCACCGCUGACAACAAAUCAGCACGGAGUGCUUCGAUUUCAGAUUCCAGGCCCAAUAACAAUCACCAUCAGAAGAGCACCUCGGACCAAAACACUACUGACAUAGCUUCACCCGAAAAUGAUGAAGCACUAAAAGAAAAUAUGACUGUGGGAGACCUUAUGGAUGCUUAUGAAGUUUGCAUCUCUAGUUUACGAAAGGCCCAAACACAACGGCGCACCUCUUCUUUGAACAGGAUCUCACCAGUAAACUUCACCAAGGAGGCACGCCAUCAUGUCUCUAAAGCGGUCCUCGAACAAAUAAGGUCACUUAACCACCUGGAUUUGGAACUCUACAAAUAUGCCCAGGACAUCUUUGCAAAACAACAUAAACGUUCAAUGCAUAAUUUUGUUGGCAUAGAGAAGUUGGAGAGUAUGUUCAACAAUUCAUACCGCAGGACAUUUUGGAAUUUCCUUUCAAUAGGCAUGACCCUUGUCUCACUCCUUAUCUUCUUUGUAUUUGUAAAUGCACGAAGAAGAAUGUUGAAAGUUAAGGUAUGAAUGCUUUUGAUUGCCAUUAUAUUCCUGGAACACAGGCUCAAAAAACGAGUUACAAAAAGGAAUAAAGAAAAGUAUCCACAUUUUUGUACUCUAUGCCAGUUUAUAGAUCUUAGCUUUGUUCUUUUGGUGGCUGUCCCAUUAGUUGUCUCUUGUACUUGAAGCUAAGUUUUUGGUUUGCUUUCACACAGUAUAAGCCUGCAUUUUUAGUUAAAAUUCCAUUAGAAAUGGCAUAGUAAAGCGGCCUAUUUUGGAUCUUAGAAAGCAGAACCUGGUCUUUUGCAUUUGGUUCAACGCCUAUCGAUAUCAUAUGACAUUGAUAAGCUGCCAUUAGAGCUAGGUCUUGCCAAAUUGGUGAUUCAGGGAAAGCUAUGGCUAUGUUGAUGAAGCCCUUGUCGGGUAAUAGAAACCAACACAUGAUAUUUUUGAGACACUGAAAAGACUUCCAGAAGUUCAGUUUUGUUGCCAUUCCUUCCACCAUGUGCGAGAGGUCCCAUCACAGAACAUAAUAUAUAUGAUACU